AGAAAAAAAAGUAAAAAUUGUUCUUUCAUGAAGUUGCGUCACCCACAUGUUUGAAGUGAAUUGAAGUCAAAAAAUAAAUUAAAUAGUUGUUUUUACUGAAAUAAAAAUGUUGUGCGCGACGCGGGCUUUCGGCCGAAAGGCGUUGGAGUGUUCCGGCAUCGGAACCGAGUAUUACACACAAAGGAAUUUCUCGACAAUCCUCAAAAACACUGCUGCGCCAACAGUACCCAUCUACCAACGGCAUGCGCUUCAAUACAGGAAUAAGUCCGAUGGAGUCCGAGGAGCAGUCAUUGGUAUCGAUUUGGGUACCACGAACUCGUGUGUCGCCGUCAUGGAGGGAAAGACGCCGAAGGUGGUGGAAAACAGCGAAGGAUCCCGCACCACGCCAUCCCACGUGGCAUUCACCAAAGACGGCGAGCGGCUUGUAGGCACCCCGGCCAAGCGACAGGCGGUGACCAACAGUGGGAAUACGUUCUACGCGACCAAACGACUUAUUGGCAGACGGUUCGAUGACCCAGAAGUACAGAAGGAUAUGAAGAAUCUGUCGUAUAAGGUCGUCAGGGCGUCGAAUGGAGAUGCUUGGGUGCAAGGCAGCGACGGCAAAGUCUACUCCCCAAGCCAGAUCGGAGCCUUCGUGCUGAUCAAGAUGAAGGAGACAGCCGAAGCUUAUCUGAACACCACCGUGAAGAAUGCCGUCAUUACUGUACCUGCUUACUUCAAUGACUCCCAGAGACAGGCCACUAAGGAUGCCGGUCAAAUCUCCGGUUUGAACGUGCUCCGCGUCAUCAACGAACCCACCGCCGCCGCUCUCGCCUACGGAAUGGACAAGACUGACGACAAAAUCAUAGCCGUAUACGACUUGGGAGGCGGUACCUUCGACAUCUCGGUUCUGGAGAUUCAAAAGGGCGUGUUCGAAGUCAAAUCCACAAAUGGAGACACACUGCUGGGCGGUGAAGACUUCGACAACGUUAUAGUCAACUUUUUGGUUGACGAGUUCAAGAGAGACCAAGGCUUGGACAUCCGCAAAGACGCGAUGGCCAUGCAGCGACUGAAGGAAGCGGCUGAGAAGGCCAAGAUCGAACUCUCAGGCUCCCUGCAGACCGAUAUCAACCUGCCCUACCUGACUAUGGACGCGUCGGGACCUAAGCAUAUGAACCUGAAGAUGACCCGCUCCAAACUGGAGUCUCUAGUAGGGGACCUCAUCAAGCGCACAGUGGCGCCGUGCCAGCGCGCACUGCAAGACGCCGAGGUGCAGAGGACUGACAUCGGAGAAGUGCUGCUAGUCGGUGGCAUGACUAGGAUGCCCAAGGUCCAAUCGACAGUCCAAGAGAUAUUCGGCCGCGCGCCAUCUCGCGCGGUUAACCCUGACGAAGCGGUCGCCGUAGGCGCAGCCGUCCAAGGCGGAGUACUAGCCGGUGACGUCACGGACAUCCUGCUGCUGGACGUGACGCCGCUGUCGCUCGGCAUCGAGACCCUGGGCGGAGUGUUCACGAAGCUGAUCACCAGGAACACCACCAUCCCCACCAAGAAGAGCCAGGUCUUCUCCACCGCCGCCGACGGCCAGACCCAAGUCGAAAUCAAAGUACACCAAGGCGAGCGUGAGAUGGCGCUAGACAACAAACUGCUCGGCCAGUUCUCUCUGGUGGGAAUCCCGCCCGCUCCCAGAGGAGUGCCCCAGAUUGAGGUCACGUUCGACAUUGAUGCCAACGGAAUCGUACACGUAUCGGCGAGAGACAAGGGCACCGGCAAGGAGCAACAGAUCGUGAUCCAAUCAUCGGGCGGUCUAUCCAAGGACGAAAUCGAGAACAUGGUGAAGGCCGCGGAGCAGUUCGCAGCGGCCGACAAGAGCCGCCGCGAGCGCGUGGAGGCCGCCAACCAGGCCGAGGGCGUGCUGCACGACACCGAGACCAAGAUGGACGAGUACAAGAGCCAGCUGCCGCAGGAGGAGUGCGACAAACUGCGCGUAGAAAUCGCGGCGCUGCGCGAGCUUCUAGCCAAGAAAGACACCGCCGACCCCGAAGAGAUCCGAACCGCCACCGGACAGCUGCAGCAGGCUAGCUUGAAGCUGUUCGAGCAGGCGUACAAGAAGAUGGCCGCUGAACGCGAGGGACAGGGCCAACAGCAACAGACUGAGCAGAAGGAACAGGAGAAGAAAGAAGAUAAGAACUAAGCGGAACACGCUGUGCGGUCGAGUGUCGAAUGUCGCGGGGUAGUUGUAACUGAGUACCAGUGAGGUCUGUAACUGAUUACACUUUGUAGCAACUGAUUACAUUUUUGUAGCAACUGAUUGCAUUUUUGUAAAAACUAAUUAGACUUUGUAGCAACUGAUUACAUUUUUUGUAAAAACUAAUUACAUUCUGUUUUCGUUGAUUCAGCAGCGGCUAUGUUGUUUUAGAGUUUUGAAUGUGUAAGUUAUGCUACAGGGCAUUUAAUUAAUUUACUGAAACUAAUUACACUUUGUAAAAACCUUUUGUAGCAACUAAUUACACUCUGCUUUCGUUUAUUCAGCAGCUGUCAUGUUGUUUUAGGGCUGAUUUUUCAAUCGUCGUUAUCCGAUAUACAACGUGUCC